CUCGUUGUUCAACAGACGAAGACCGCUUUACAUCGCUGUCAACGAAUGUCUACGUCUCAGGAUGCGGUAAUUGGUCCCGUUGAGACUUCUAUCCGGCAAAAGCUCACAGAGAUACUCGAACCGAGUGUUCUUGACGUGCAGAAUGACUCCUGGAAGCAUAGACAUCAUAAAGCGAUGCAAGAAAAAGGUGGAGUCGAUGGCGAAACGCACUUCUCUAUCACCGUUGUCUCGAAUGCUUUCAGGGAAAAGACUUUGAUGCAGAGACACAGGAUGAUAUACGGUGCCCUAGCCGACGAAUUGCGGGAGGGACUACACGCUCUUUCUUUAGUCACGAAAACGCCUGAAGAAACUUCCGAUACUAUGCAGUGAUAUCGAUAUCCAAUGUUAUCCGAGCUCGGUUGAUCGCAUCUGUUUACUUUCAGUAAUAAGCGGGCUAUAUGUAGACCUGAUCCACCAUGGUUUACUUUUGGUUAAUUAAAAUCUGGUGGUUCAUCAUUCUUGAUUUGGAUUUUACUGGACUGCCGGUUCUCACCUGUGCAUCAUCGUCAGAUUGUUCACAUCGGGACGAACAUCCCAUCACGUGGCGUCGAAUUUGGGCGAUGAUUUCCACGAAGCGUCGGUCGUUUUCGUUCUACGUACCGUCGCUAAACGGACUUGCUCACGGAAUUCCGUGGGCGCUUGCAAUAUGCCCAUACCGAGCAUUGUCUUGCGUAUCUCAAUGGAGUUAGGAAUCAACUCGAUCACUGUACAGCAUUGCGAAGUC